CAUUUCGAAGUUUCGUACAGGGCAGGGGUGUUAUGUUUGGAAGAUCGAUCAACGCAAGUGUGGUUGCGUUGGUUUGAACUGGCCUUUUCGAAAUUCACGCUUCACUUUCUGACUGUUGCGUGCGGCAAUUCAUUCCUUGCGUGUGCUGUGGCAAUGGCAGAAAAAUCAGCUUCGGCUGAUGGCAAAGAUGGUGGUGAAACAGAGGUAGCAGCUGCUUCACUCGUGUCCAGUAUUCGAAGUGAGCUGCGCGGCUUGAGAGAUAACCGGAAAGUGGAGAGUGAGCAGCAGCUGAAGGAGCUGUUUGAGAAGAACCGUGAGUUCAUAUCCAGCUCACUCGACACUCUGGAUUCAGACAGCGAAACAGAGAAACAUCCUACUUUACCUGCACUGAGCCACCAUGUGAACUCGACGCAGAUGGCCAGUGUUGUGAAUGGUAUGGACAACAAACAAGUCUCUUUGCCACUGUGCAAGCUGAACUUUACCCCAUCACUGCCGCACUUCAGUUCCUGGGCAUCAAACCAGCAGAACUUCAUCGUUGACGAUGAAACUGUCCUCCACAACAUUCCUUACAUGGGAGAUGAACUACUGGACAAGGAGCGAGGAUUCAUUGACGACCUGAUUCAGAACUACGAGGGCCGCGUUCAUGAUGCUGCUGAGGCCUCGGCCGAGGAUGACAUUGAGGACGAUAUCCUUCACCAGCUUGUGCUCCGUCUGUCAAAGAAGUUGUCUUCAUCAGAGCCGGACGAUUCAACUGAGCUAUCUAUGGAGAAGGCCGAGACCGUGCUGACUGCGCUGGUCAAGGCCUACCCCGACAAGAACUGGAACGUGUCGAAGCUGUGUGACCGGUACCGCGCUAUUCUGCAAAAGAAAGGCCUGGAUGUACAGUGCCUGCCGAAUAUCGAUGGGGCCAACGCUCAGUCUGUGCCGAGGCAGCAGAGUCUUCACUCAUAUCACUCCUUGUUCUGCCGGCGUUGCUUCAAGUACGACUGCUUCCUACAUGCAUUCCGUCCAACUCCUAGAUUCAAUCGCAAAAAGUCAGAGUGCAAGCCUCGCACCGAACCGUGUGGUCCCAAUUGUUACAUGCAUAAGGCUGGUAUUCCGACGUUACCUGAAUCAAGUGGGACGCCGUCGGCCCUUGGCAGUAGUAGCCCUGCUUCAUCUGCAUCUAGUGCACCGUCAUCAGGUCAGCCAUCCUGUGAUACAUCGCGAUCAGCUUCACCAAGCAGAUCGGCGGGGUCCAGGCUAGCUCCCUCAGCCAGCGCCAAGCCUCAAGCCAGUGCCGGUGCAUCGUCCCAGGCGCUUGAACCACCGCCCGGCAAUCGGCAGCAACACCUGGGCGUGCGAUCGCCUCAGCGUUCCCUGGACGCUGCCGCCGUAGCGUCAGCAGCGCAGUCUGGAUCCUUGUCUUCUUAUAGUAGUGGCUGGAUACCCGCCGAGGAGUCAGCGUUUCGUGUGCUGCGUCCUCUUUUCCCGUCUAAUUACUGUACGCUUGCAGAGGUGCUUCGCACGCGGACAUGUGAAGAGGUUUGGCAGUUUGCUCUCCACGACCCGUGCGAUGUCGUCGAAGAGGACGUGCAGGAAGAGGAGCAGCAGGCGCCUGCCCGAAAGCGCCGCAAGAAAAAUCAGAAGCAGAAGGCCUUCACCAAUCACUUCCGCCAGGUUCUAUUGAAGCAAGGCUCUGAUAACCCAUCGAACUUGAUGUUCAACUACCGGCCUUGCGAUCACAAAGGCCCAUGUGAUAGUUCUUGCCCGUGCAUCAUCGGACAUAACUUCUGCGAGAAGUACUGCCAGUGUUCAUCGGAAUGUCAGAAUCGCUUUCCUGGAUGCCGGUGCAAGGCGGCGUGCAACACCAAGCAGUGCCCUUGCUUUGGCGCGCUGCGAGAGUGUGAUCCUGACCUGUGCUUGACUUGCGGUGCCUCGACAAAUCUCAAGAGUAAAACGGUGCCGUGUAAGAACGUGUGCAUUCAGCGUGGACAUCGCAAGCACUUGUUGUUAGCACCUUCCGAUGUCGCCGGUUGGGGCAUCUUCAUUAAAGAGGCCGCCCAGAAGAACGAAUUCAUCAGCGAAUAUUGCGGAGAGAUGAUAUCUCAGGAUGAAGCAGAGCGCCGUGGAAAGGUCUACGACAAGUGGAAGUGCAGUUUCCUCUUCAAUCUCAAUGCCGAGUUUGUCGUGGAUGCCACACGGAAAGGAAACAAAAUCCGCUUUGCCAACCACUCCAUCAAUCCGAACUGUGCUGCUCGAGUUAUGAUGGUGCAUGGUGACCAUCACAUCGGGAUAUUUGCCAAGCGCAACAUCGAAGCUGGAGAAGAGCUCUUCUUCGAUUACCGUUACGGACCAACUGACUCUUUGCGCUAUGUGGGCAUUGAGCGGGAGAACUACCGAGUGACAUCUACCGAGUAGAGAGAACGGCAAGUUGCCCGGGUGCCAUCUACCGAGUAGAGAAAAUGGCAAGUUGCUGUUGGUGUCCAGGUGUCGCUACGGACACCACACUUGUGAUUACCAACAGGCAAUUAGCAGCAUUUGCCACUUGCUCAAAUACUCCCUUGCCAUGAACAUUGCUGCUCACUAGCAGGCGUACUACCCAAGACCUGUAACCCGCCAAGAACAUCAGUCUCACCUCCAUGAUAAGUAGUGUAUUGUCAUAAACCCCUCUGCUUCUUUUAGGUUGCUUUCCGUUAUUCUAUUUAUUGUUUUGCUUUUAUCUGUGGCAGUCUUUGCUCUGUCUACUAACGGGGAUCCUUGUUGUCGGAAGUAUACAUUUACGAUACACUACUUGGAGGGGCUUUUUCAGAAUAGCUCUUGGCUCUGUUGCGAGUGUGCAGAGGAGCGUUAUUAGCAUAUUUUCUCUCUUUGUGUUGAGAGCGUGCAGCCUAGUGCUGUACACGUAUGUCAGUCUCAAUAUGCUCAACACUGGUCAGUGCUGGUGGCCACCCAGUGCUUCUGUGCUCUUUCGGCAAUAUCAUCAAUGAUAGCUUGCGCUGGUCCAGUCCUCAAGCUCUUGUUGACGCGUUUUAAUCCAUGCCAUAGCCAGCUCAUAGAAAGCUCUGUUUUCUUUCUUUUUCAAUAUGUAGACUCUUUCUAGCUGUUUUAUCCAACACGCCGCCGGGGAGCUCUUUUUACUUUUCCUCCCACGUCUCUCGUUGUUUUUUUUGUUUUUGUUUUGUUUUUUUUGGUGACCGUUUUACAACCAUACUCACACUUUUAAAUUAUCAAAAAAUGGCUCAGGUUGGUGAAAUCUGGCAAUGAUCCACAUGUAUUGUUCAGAA